AUGCCGGGGCGAACGAGGAACUGUGCUUUGUGGGUUGUGUCUGCCAUCCUUCUGACAGGAUACUUUGAAACAGGUAGGUACAGUAGAGGAUUUAAUGAUGAUUCUGUUUUCCUUCUGAUCACAUUUAUAAUGCACAACUGUCUCAUGUACUUUUACAGAUGCGUCCCAUGGGGUUGCUAUGGAUAGUGGCUUGGUAGACCCCUCUGGGAUUUCAAACCAGCUGGUGUCAGAUAAAGGUCUGGAGGCUUUGGCCCACAAGACAUACGAAGGAAAGGGUGCUAUUUCUAGAAAAAAGCGGAAUAUUCUUUUUCCCAGUGGAGUGAAGCUUUGUUCUCAAGAGACUGUAGACCAAGCGAUAGAAAACCACCUCAAGUACUUUCACCAGCGAGGUAAGCUUUUUCACGACUAUAUCUCAUGGGCACUGGGGAUUCAUUCUGACCUGGAGUCUAUUCACCUACAAGCUUUGUUGUUCAGCCAGAUUAAUUGAAUUCCUGUCAUGCAUACACUCUGAUACAAAAGGUUUUCAAAAGGGUUCUUCGGCUGUUCCCAUUGGAUAACCCUUUAUGGUUCCAGGUAAAACCCUUCUGGGUUCCAGGUAGAACACCUUUUGGGUUUCAUGUAGAACCCUCUGUGGAAAGGGUUUUACAUGGAACCCAAAAGGGUUCUACCUGGAACCAAAAGGAGUCUACCUGGAACCAAAAAGGGUUCUUCAAACGGUUCUCCUACGGGGACAGCCGAAGGGCCCUUUUAGGUUCUAGAUAGCACCUUUUUUUCUAAGAGUGUAUGUAACAGUAGGCUACUCCUUUUAUUAUAUGGCUGUCUGUGACUUGUUGCCGAUUUUAUAUGCAUUUAUUGUAGUAACACAACCAUCAUAUACCAUCAGAUGUGUGAUCAUCAAAGUGAAUACAACUUUCUGUGAUGAUCACAUAUUUGAUUGGGAAUGGACAGGUGGUGAAGAUAUAUAGGUUUUUGUCAGGUAAAUGUGUGCUCUUUGGUCACCUCCAACAUGAACCAUGCAGUAACUAGUACUUUUCCAGCCUCUUUAUUAAAGCCCUAUGGUCAUCUACGUGCAUGGCUUCCGCCGUUGAAAUACAGCCCUGUGUUACCAUUCUCUAUCAGUCAUUUGUUUGAAACAAUGGUUCAGAACCUUGUUGGAACUCAGGGGACAUUACUAGAAGUCAAUUGAUUGAUACGGGUAAGGGGCAGGUUUCAGGUGAAGCCAGGCAGGGAGCCUGGCACCCGACAGCCUUGCACCAGGGUGCCCAUCUGUCAGUUCAACCCGAACACGUGGUGCUCCACCUGGGGAAGCUUAGAGAGAAAGCCCCAGUCCUCGGUCUGAACCCUGCCUCGCUACCGAAAUAGUAGUCCUCUAGACAUUGAUCAGAUGAGCCAUGCUGCCAGGAAAAUAUGAGAUCCCUCAGGCCUGCUCCCGCUCGCUCCUCUACCAAGGGCUUUCUGGUUGUCCUCAGCCUCCAAACCUGAAAUGUAGCCUACAGAUGUGGCCGCAGAUUGAGAGAAAAAUACAGUUUUUUUGCCAGUUUGUUUUUGUUCCAAAGCAGGGGUACUGGUACAUCAUUGUGAAAAUUACGUGCAGUACCACAUGUCUAGAACUGAAUAGUAAUUUCAAUGUCAGCAGUGGUGGUGAAAUGGUGAUGCUGUCUGGAACGUGGGAGUAUAUGUGUGUAUGGAUCAAAAAAUGACCUCACAUUUCCAUGAUUGCCUUCAUUUUUCAUAGCUGUCCGUUGGAGAGAUUGUUCCUGUCAGGAUCGCUGGCUAAAUCUGAGCUAAAUGGCAAUGUUUGUUUUGGUUGCCAUGUCGUUGUACUACAGGGUACUGUUUAAAUCUAUAUUGAAUAUUCCUAUACAUAAAGCAGGUCUUCUUCUACAUCUGUCUGUGUCACAGAGUGCAGCCUCUGUGUCACAUGUAUCUGUGUGAAUCAAGGUUGGGGUCAAUUCCAUUUAAAUUCUGUCCAAUCAAGAAGUACACUACAAUUCCGUGUGUGAAAGCUAGUCUCUGACCCCAUCCUGUGUCUGUGUGCCAGUGUGUCAGGAGACAGUGUGGGAGGCGUUCAAGAUCUUCUGGGACCGUCUACCUGAGAGAGAUGAGUACCAGGCCUGGGUUAACUUAUGUCAGGAUGGAACUGUCAGCGUGAUGGAAAUUGGCAGGAACUUCAGCCGAUCAGAGGAACACGUCUCUCUUGUUAGGGCUGUGAGUGAGAAUUUUGUACAAUUUGAUAUGCAAAACAUUACGGAUAUUGAUAUGUGUGUGUGUGUGUACAAGUGUGUGUAGUUUAUUGGUAUGUGAUGGAGAAGCUUUAUUUAUCAAUGAAUUCUCUUUUUAUUUCAGAGAGUGGCGAUGACUGCUGCUCUGAAUAGGUGAGUUCCAAACAUUCUAAUGUCUCUGUGAGAUACUGGCACUUGCAUUCUGUCACAACGCGAAAGAAGUACGUGCCUGAGUCACGUUCAGCAGGGUGCAACGUUACAGAACGUUCAGAUCACUUAGAGCAGACAUGUUCAGAACGUUGCAUGCCGCUGAACGUCUCACACGUUACUCAACCCCAACCCCUCAUAAGAAACAUUGUAUUUACACCACUUCCAUGUUCUCCUAAUCCCCCUCCCAUCCACGCCAGCGAGCCCACAAGCUCAGGGUCCAAAGUGUGCAGGUAGGCCUGUUCACAACACUAAAGCCUGCUGUCUUCAUGCCCAGACAGCUCUAUAGAAACACUGCUAUGUUGUAUGCUAUCCAUACAACAGGGAUGUAGUCCCGUGUAGCUCAGUUGGUAGAGCAUGGCGCUUGCAACACCAGGGUUGUGGGUUCAAUUCCCAUGGGGGAAUGGUAUGAAAACAGUAUGAAAAUGUAUGUAAGUCGCUCUGGAUAAGAGCGUCUGCUAAAUGACGUAAAUGUACAAAUGUAAAUGUGAUGUCACAGCAGCAUCAGUGAACCACACAGCUCUGUAGAAGUGCUCUGCAGACAGCUCAACCUUUCCCCUCCUCGCUUCAACCAGCUUCAUACAAUGAUGACAUUGUUGUAUGAUCAUAGCCACUGCUGUAGACAGCUUGCUGUGCCUGUAAUGCAUGUAGACAGUAACAGCAAAGUAGCAUAGCAGGUCUGUUUUCCAAGGAGUGAGAGGAAGAAACAAUAGGCCAGCAACAUGUAAUACCUGGUAGUUACAUACAGGGGUACAGUGUAACAACAUGUAAUACCUGGUAGUUACAUACAGGGGUACAGUGUAACAACAUGUAAUACCUGGUAGUUACAUACAGGGGUACAGUGUAACAACAUGUAAUACCUGGUAGUUAUAUACAGGGGUACAGUGUAACAACAUGUAAUACCUGGUAGUUACAUACAGGGGUACAGUGUAACAACAUGUAAUACCUAGUAGUUACAUACAGGAGUACAGUGUAACAACAUGUAAUACCUGGUAGUUACAUACAGGGGUACAGUGUAACAACAUGCAAUACCUGGUAGUUACAUACAGGGGUACAGUGUAACAACAUGUAAUACCUGGUAGUUACAUACAGGGGUACAGUGUAACAACAUGCAAUACCUGGUAGUUACAUACAGGGGUACAGUGUAACAACAUGUAAUACCUGGUAGUUACAUACAGGGGUACAGUGUAACAACAUGUAAUACCUGGUAGUUACAUACAGGGGUACAGUGUAACAACAUGUAAUACCUGGUAGUUACAUACAGGGGUACAGUGUAACAACAUGUAAUACCUGGUAGUUACAUACAGGGGUACAGUGUAACAACAUGUAAUACCUGGUAGUUACAUACAGGGGUACAGUGUAACAACAUGUAAUACCUGGUAGUUACAUACAGGGGUACAGUGUAACAACAUGUAAUACCUGGUAGUUACAUACAGGGGUACAGUGUAACAACAUGUAAUACCUGGUAGUUACAUACAGGGGUACAGUGUAACAACAUGUAAUACCUGGUAGUUAUAUACAGGGGUACAGUGUAACAACAAUGUAUACCUGGUUUUGAUUUGCAAAAUUUCAAAGAUUUGCAAAUGACAUCACAACAGCAUGAAAGCCAUUUGAACAGGUAUACCAGUUUUAAGUACUAUGUAAUUAUUGUAAUGACGCUGUACAUACCUGCGUAACUGCCAUGUUAUUACACAGGUAUGAGGGGUACUUAUUGUAAUGUGGAAGUUACUGAUUGAUUCUCUCUCUUACACAGUCCAACAUGUUGAAGUUACUGAUUGAUUAUCUCUCUUACACAGUCCAACAUGUUGAAGUUACUGAUUGAUUCUCUCUCUCUUACACAGUCCAACACGUUGAAGUUACUGAUUGAUUCUCUCUCUUUUACACAGUCCAACAUGUUGAAGUUACUGAUUGAUUCUCUCUCUCUUACACAGUCCAACAUGUUGAAGUUACUGAUUGAUUCUCUCUCUUACACAGUCCAACAUGUUGAAGUUACUGAUUGAUUCUCUUUCUCUCUCUUACACAGUCCAACACGUUGAAGUUACUGAUUGAUUCUCUCUCUCUUACACAGUCCAACAUGUUGAAGUUACUGAUUGAUUCUCUCUCUCUUACACAGUCCAACAGCAGCAACUCCACCAGAGGAAGGAUCGGCCACCACCCAAAAAGGUUUACCUCUUAACCUCAAUUCAGUGUCUGGGCAAUAUUCAUUAUUCAGUCUUUUAUGCCAUCUGUUGAUCAGUGAUAAUAUAGCUAGACUAUUAGACUACUGCCUGUAGUGUAGUACUGUCUUGGGGUCAUUGUGGGUGCUGCAUAGGGCUACCGUAGCCUGAUCAAGACACACGUUGCUCCCAGAAUAGGCCUGUAAUCCUUCUUAAUGACACCCCACAUUGUCAAUGGAGAGUGGAUAGACGGACCGUUAGACUUUCCUAAGAGAUUGUCUGAACUGCUUGUCUGAACACACUACUUUUCAAUUUCAGUGCCAGACAUGUUCCGCAAGCAAUUCAUUGAUGUCAUGUAGAAUGUUUUCUUAUAUAAUUGUAUUCUGUAUCACGUAUAAUACGCCUCUUUUUAUUCAUACUUUUACAGUAUUUGUUUCUGGGUCCCUUCUUGUCUUCUUCUGUAGAUGAUGAAGUCAUUGUCGUACAGCCAGACACCUUCCCAACCUUGCGAGGAGACGUUGACGUCAUUCCUGUCACUACUGCAGAGCCAGCUGAGGAGGUCACAGAGAUGGUCCCACCAGGGACUACUGACGAUGUGACUGAAGAUGCUGCCAUCGACGUCACCUCAGAGACUGACGAGACGAUACAUGAGAUCGGAGAGGACGCCACUACCGAAGCUGCCUUCGACGUCAUCUCCGAAACAGCAGUUGAAGUCAUCGCUGAGACCAGUGAUGAUGAGGCUGUCCAGGAGGUUAAUAUGGCUGCUGUUGAGGAAACAUCCGAUGCUACCUCAGAUGACACUGUGGAGAUCACAUCUGAACCUAUUGUCACCGUCAUCCACGAGCUCAUUGAUGAGGUCAUUGAGAAAAUGGAUGAGGAAGUAAUCUCAGAUACACCACACAAUACUGUGGAGGAGGCAGAAGAGGCCGCAGCAGAGGUCCCACCAGAGGCUGCCAUUGAGAUCCCUAUAGAGGUCCCAUCAGAGGCUGCCAUUGAGAUCCCUGCAGAGGUCCCUUCAGAAGCUGUUAUCGAGAUCCCUGUUGAGGUCCCAUCAGAGGCUGCCAUCGAGAUCCCUGUUAAGGCCACAGACAAGGAUAUCCCAGAACCUGAAAUUAAAUUUAUUCCAGAAACUUAUUUGGAGGACAUUUCUGAAACCACUUCUGAAGCGCCUUCAGAGGCUGCCACAGAUAUCACGUCAGAUACCAUAGACAAGGAGAUCACGGAAGCUGCUACAGAGGUCACUUCAGGCACCAUAGAUGAGGAGAUUGCAGUGGCUGCCGUAGAAGAAGACGUCACUUUGGAGACCACUUCAGACAUUGCUACCGAGGCAACAUCAGAAGAUACUACAGAUGAGGAUAUUCCAAUAGAAUUAACUCCAGAAAUUUAUCCAGAGGACACUUCAGAGCCUGAAGCUGCCAUGGAGAUCCCUUCAGAGGAUUCAGAUGGAGACGUUCAGGAGCUCCCUGUCAAGGUCACCUCAGAGACUACAGUGGAUGUUGCCCCAGAAGACACUGAAGAGGAGACCCCUGAGAUUUUAGAGGACGCUAUCUCAGAUGCCACAACGCAUUUGAUACUCGAGGCUACCGAGGAGAUCACUCCAGAGACUGUACUAGAGGAUACUUUGGCCACUACUACUAAUGAAGUGGUAAUAGAGGUUGGUCCAGAGGAAGAAGUCACUCCAGAAACUUCAGUAAAGGCCAUUCCAGAGGAUGUAACAGAGAUCACUGAAGAAGCAACAUUAAAGGCUGAAGUCACUCCUGAGGCUGAAGUAGAGAUGGAGGAAGUUACGGUGGAGGUCACCUCAGAAGCCACUUUGGAUGUCACUCCUGAGGUUGAAGUAGAGGUAACUCCAGAAUAUGUAGUGGAGGAACCUCCAGAGGCUGAGGAGAUUACAGAGGAAACUGCAGUAGAGGACAAUCCUGAGGUGGAGGUAGAGGUAACUCCAGAGUCUCCUGAAGAGGUUCCUGAGGAAGCAGAAGAGGUCCCUUUGGAGACUGCAGUGGAAGACACUCCAGAGGCUGUAGAAGAAAUCACCCCAGUGACUGUAGAGAUAACUCCUGAAGCUGCUGUAGAAGACACAACAGAAACUGUAGAAGAAAUAGUUUCAGAGAAUCCAGAAAAGAUAACACCAGAACCUUCAGAGGAGGAUAUUCCAGAACCUUCAGAGGAUGAAAUUCCAGAACCUUCAGAGGAGGAAACUCCAGAGGUUUCAGAAGGGGUCCCGUCUGAGGCAGUAGAAGAGAUCAUUUCAGAAGCUACAGAAGAGGCUUCCGAAGAAAUCAUUCCAGAAGCUACAGAAGAGGCUUCCAAAGAGAUCAUUCCAGAAGCUACAGAAGAGGCUUCCGAAGAAAUCAUUCCAGAAGCUACAGAAGAGGCUUCCAAAGAAAUCAUUCCAGAAGCUACAGAAGAGGCUUCCGAAGAGAUAAUUCCAGAAGCUACAGAAGAGGCUUCCAAAGAGAUCAUUCCAGAAGCUACAGAAGAGGCUUCCGAAGAGCUCAUUCUAGAGCCUUCAGAAGCUGCAGCGGAGAUUACUACAGAGGCUGCAGCUGAGUCCACUCCAGAGGCUAAACAGGAGGCUGCUGUGGCAAUUACUCAUGAAGUCACCACUGAAAUGGGAGUUUUGAUGGACACAGAGGAAAACAAUAAUGGCUAUCGUUAUAGGGUCACAGAAGAACCAGAAGAAACAAAUGAUGACUUCCUAGGGAUUCAAGAUAUCAUACAAGAGGUGGAAAACGCGGUAAGCAAUGAUGAGGUUAUUAUUAUUGCAAUCAAUGAAAUACAGAAUCAAUAAUCGAAUUAUUACAUCAUAAAGGAUAGAAGCCUUCUUAAACACACAAUAAGAGAGGCGCAUCAGCUAUAGACUACAGGCACUGGCUACUGAAAUGAAUGAGAGUGAAGUGAUAUAGUAAUGAUGUGAGCUGUUUGUCAUCUGUUUGUGUGUCCUGUGUUCAGCUGGGCAAUGAGAUCGAGGACAUCAUGAUGAGGCCUUCCAGACCCAUGAAGGAGCAGGUGGUGGAACUCAGCAUCCAGCUGAAGGGAGAGAACUACAACGACGCCCUGAGAGACCCUUCUAGCUUCUACUACCAACGCGUGGCCAAACAUUUUACCCAUAAGGUACAGUACAGUUGGUAUACUGCUGUCCCCAUGCAGGCUCUUGGUAAAAGCAACUGUUUGGUCAACAGGCCUCAUCCUUUUUGACACCCGCUUUUGCUUUUGUUUCCUUACUUUUGACAGUGUACAAAACAUUAAUGAGUUGCACUGCCUUUCGCCCUCAGAACAGCCUCAAUUCGUCGGGACAUGGACUCUACAAGGUGUCGAAAGCGUUCCCCAGGGAUGCUGGCACCAUGUUGACUCCAAUACUUUCCGCAGUUGUGUCAAGUUGGCUGGAUGUCCUUUGGGUGGUGGACCAUUCUUGAUACACACGGGAAACUGUUACGUUGCAGUUCUUGACACGCUCAAACCGGUGUGCCUGGCACCUACUACCAUAUCUCGUUCAAAGGCACUUAAAUCUUUUGUCUUGCCCAGUCACCCUCUGAAUGGCACACAUACACAAUCCAUGUCUCAAAUGUCUCCAGGCUUAAAAAUCCUUCUUUAACCUGUCUUCUCCCCUUCAUCUACACGGAUUGAAGUGGAUUUAACAGGUGAUGUCAAUAAGGGAUCCAUCUAUGUCAUGGAAAGAGCAGAUGUUCCUAAUGUUUUGUACACUCAGUGUAUAGUACAUUACAUUAUUAACUCUUGUGUGUGCAGAGUACAAACAGAAAGUUUGGAAGAGGUUGAAAGAUAUAUUGUUUUUUUUCUACUGUAUCUAUUUACUGUAAGUAAUCAGCUUUGAAAUGUUGUGCUGUUUGUCUGGGCUUGCCGGCUAUAUACUGUAUCCACUACAGAGCGAACAGGAAGAAAGCUGCCUGGAAAACUCAGAGGUACACCAGUCAGUGUGACAGCUCUUGAAAUAUGUCCUCUGCUGAGAACCCAAAGUGCUGGACGGUGUAUUCCCAUCGUUGGAAGUUGCCACCUCACAUUUUGGGAUUUCCUUCGGCAGAGACAGAGUUUAUGUCAGAGCAGAGGCCAUUAGUUAGAGACAUGGGCUAUGUCCCAAAUGGCACCCUAUUCCCUAUAUAGUGCAGUGCUUUUGACCAGGGCCUGAUCAGAGCCCCAUGGGCCCGCGUCAAAGGUAGUGCACUAAAUAGGGAAUAGGGUUCCAUUUGGGACGCAGACAUGCAGAGAGGAUCAAUAAGUCAUCCUAAUAGAAACAACAGGACAGAGCCUUACUGCUCCUGGCCAAGAGGAGAAAGAAGGGAGGUGGCACAGAGUCAGAUUGGCACCAUGGCUCUCUCCAGAGAUCCUAGAGGAUAGCCUUAGCACACAGACAGGCGGCACAUGGACUUGGACAGGGGACUGACUUGAUUUCUGUCGAUUGAUCAUACUAUGUGGUCCUGGACUGAGAAUGAUAUUGCUAACAAGUGGCGUAUGGCUCUGGGCCAGCACAGAGUAAAGGAUUGACAGUAUUGGGGUAUACCUAGUCAUGUCUGGAAAACAGAGUGGAUAUUUUUCAAACUCCAACUUGACAUUGUAAUUCGCUAAGUUUCAUUUUCAUCAUUCUCAUCUAGAUUGAAGAUGCACUUGAAAGGUUACCAGGAUUCAAGAAGGUCUUUGUAGUUGAAUUCAGGUAAGCUUCAUUAACAGCUAUAAAUCCAUUGAUCUACUACCUAUAAAUCAUACUAUUUCAUUUAACAGGCAAGAUGCUAUUUCAAUAUCAAGUUCUAAUAUUUAUUUGUCUUUUCCAAAUGUGUCCAGGCCUCAGAAGGACCUCCAAAGGUAAGCAUAUUUUCCUUCUUCUGACACAAGUAACUGUCUCACCAGGUUUCCAUCCAAUUGGCGACAGAUGUUCAUGCGGAUAUUCUAAAAUCUGCAUAAAAACCACAUGCUAUUUUUUAUCUUUUCCAUCAAAUUGACUUGUUGUGGAUAAAACGAUGUGCUUGAUGAUGUAGUGCACAUUAAAAUAACUUUUGCGGUUAAAUUCCCAUCUACCGAAUAAAAAAUAAAUGGGUUUCCGUCACAUUUUCAACUCUACUGAUGGUUUUGUCACAGCAAAUGUUACGUUACAUAGCGAAUGUGCCCACUAUGGUUUUGGCAUGUGCGCUCUAGCCAACAGUUAGCAUACAGUAUACAGUCAGCUAGCAUACAGUAGUAUACAGUAGGCUACUUUAUUGAUGAGAUUAUUAUGGAUAAGAGCAAUACUUUUCCAAGUUGUAGUAGGAGGACCACACAAGUAAUCAUCGCGUUUACACCGCCAUUUCUCGCAUAAUACAUUUUAACGACACAAAAAGAUCCCACCUUGUCUAGCGUAUUUUGUUUCGUCAACAUUUGGAACGUUUACCGACAAAUUUGCCUUUCCCAUUAGACCGUCGUGACAUUUUUUAUCCAACAUGUACUUUACUCGCAUAAAAAGGUUGGAUGGAAACCUGGUUACUGUUAUUGCGUUCACAUGUCUGGAUUUAUGACUCAUAAAUCCAUGACAACGACCACUGAUACGCACAUUACAGUUCAUGACGUCCUGGAGAGUGAUGUAAUAACAGGCUAAAUACCUGUGUGAAAGUGCACUGGAGCAUGAUAAAUCCAUCUCAUUGCGAUGCUAUCACUCCCAGUUCAACCAUUAUGACUGCACAGUUGAGCUAACCCAAAUCCCACAGAGUCCAUCUCACAUGUACAUCUACUAAUGGGAUAUACAUGUGCAUCUGUGUCUGGCUGAGCCAAAGAACCAAGCCUUUACUGUACCUACUGUAUGGUUUGAUGUUCUCUGCUUGCUUGGCACAGUCUUCAGAUCAGUUGUUCCACACUAUGUUUACGAGAAUUACAAGCAUACUUCCAAUGCCUGUCAAUCAUUAUAGCUCAGUGCAUCGGCACCACUGCAGACACGAAAAGCACAAAAAUCAAAGCUAAAAUGUUUGAUUCCUUUUGGCCACAUGUCACAUUUGAACUUCUAUGUGUUUUUUAUUAGUUGGCAUCAUGCCAUUUUUACCUGCCUGUCUUUAUAUUGCACAAGUGCUCUGCAAUGGACUUUGCUCCAAUUGACCGUUAAUGGCCUUACGAUGGUCAAUCGCCCCCUAAGUGGGGUAAGCCCCAUCGCUCACCGCGCUGGCCACCUGCCGGUCAUGAUGAUGAGAUUAAAGGCAGAGCUUUAUGACAAGAUCAAUUUUCUCUCUUGACUGUCAACCAGCGGAGGCUCCAGGCCAGAUUCCCUCGCAGGUUUAGCCCCGCACUGGUUUCCCCUUACAAACUGGCCUUGUGGAAAACUGCAUGUUGCGAGCACAGUGAGGCCUUUAAAACACCUUCGGCUCUCCACAGUUUGUUCUGCAGGUCAUAUAAAGCCCUGUUAGCAUGCAGCCUUUAAACAGUAGCUGCCAGGGAAUUAGAGCUGAGGGAGAAUUGGGCUGUCAGGGGGGAGAAAGUGAAGAUGGUCAUAAACUGACCAGGUUCUCCCACACUAGGCAGGCAGUGGAAAUAUUAUGCCUCAGAACGCAGUAUCUAGAUCAGGAUAUAGCUUCUCCAAGCUAGGACCUCUUUAAGCUAGGACCUCUUUAAGCUAGGACCUUUUUGAGCUAGGACCUCUUCAAGCAAAGGACCUCUUUAAAGGUCCAAUGUAGCCGUUUCUAUCUCAAUAUCAAAUCAUUUCUGGGUAACAAUUAAGUACCUUACUGUGAUUGUUUUAAAUUAAAAUAGAAAAAAAAAGAAACAAAAAUAGCUUCUUAGCAAAUAACAAUUUCUCAAGCGUGAAUUUCGCUAGGGCUGUUUGGGAGUGGUCUGAGUUGGGAGGGGAAAACUGAAAACUAGCUGUUAUUGGCAGAGAGGUUUGGAACUCUCUUUCUUAUUGUUCUAUUAACUAAUUUAUCGCAUGGUGAUGUAACCAUGGACAGGCAUAAGCUCCAUACCACCAAAUCAGGCAGUCUUUUCAAACAGCUCUUAUACUAAAAGGGCAUUAUCAUAAUUUCACAGUAUUAUUCCAACCUCAUUGUGUGGAAAUAUCUAUAAAACACAGGAAAAUCACGUUUUUGACUGCACUGGGCCUUUAAUCUAGGACCUUUUUAAUAAUUAAGCUAGGACCUCUCCAAGCUAGGAACUCUUUAAGCUAGGACAUCUUUAAGAUAGGACCUCUUUAAGCUAGGAGCGCUUUAACCAACCCUGGUGAGUAAACUCACUAACUUUCCUUAAUUUCUAUGACUUGUUUUAAGUUUUUCAGCUCUUAUAAUGUUUUGUUAUGUCUAACAUAACAUGAUGUCUUACUGUGUGGCAUCUAUUCAACAGACUAGGAUUAAAUUGUGAUCGCUGUGAGAGCAUUUUAAAAUAGUGUUACAAUGUAUUAUGACUGCAUUAUAAUGCAUUAUACCUGUGGGCUCUAAGUAAAGUGUAACAAUCAUUUCUACUUGAGACAUUUGAGCCAUGCCCAGCAAACAUAUCCAAGAUGAGAGCACCCCUCUCUGUUCCUCAAUGUGUCUCAAUGUCUCUCUCUGUUCCUCAAUGUCUCUCUGUUCCUCAAUGUCUCUCUCUGUUCCUCAAUGUAUCUCUCUGUUCCUCAAUGUGUCUCUCUCUGUUCCUCAAUGUCUCUCUCUGUUCCUCAAUGUGUCUCUCUGUUCCUCAAUGUGUCUCUCUGUUCCUCAAUGUCUCUCUCUCUGUUCCUCAAUGUGUCUCUCUCUGUUCCUCAAUGUGUCUCUCUCUGUUCCUCAAUGUCUCUCUCUGUUCCUCAAUGUGUCUCUCUGUUCCUCAAUGUCUCUCUCUGUUCCUCAAUGUGUCUCUCUGUUCCUCAAUGUGUCUCUCUGUUCCUCAAUGUGUCUCUCUGUUCCUCAAUGUCUCUCUCUGUUCCUCAAUGUAUCUCUCUGUUCCUCAAUGUGUCUCUCUGUUCCUCAAUGUGUCUCUCUGUUCCUCAAUGUGUCUCUCUCUGUUCCUCAAUGUCUCUCUCUGUUCCUCAAUGUGUCUCUCUGUUCCUCAGUGUGUCUCUCUCUGUUCCUCAAUGUGUCUCUCUGUUCCUCAAUGUGUCUCUCUCUGUUCCUCAAUGUGUCUCUCUCUGUUCCUCAAUGUGUCUCUCUGUUCCUCAAUUUCUCUCUCUGUUCCUCAAUGUGUCUCUCUCUGUUCCUCAAUGUGUCUCUCUGUUCCUCAAUGUGUCUCUCUGAUCCUCAAUGUCUCCCUCUCCAUCAACUCAAUAUUUCUCUCUAUCAAGUCAAUAUUUCUCUCUUUAUCAACUGAAUGUCCUUCCUCUAGGGGUAUGUUGGCCGUGGUAGUCCACUACGCUGUGACUCUGGAGGUGGACGGGGCAGGUAUCAGUAACGAGACCAUGAACUACAUCAACCUCCAGUCCAAUAUGGUGGAGAAGUCUUACCGUGACGGUGUUGAACGCCCCACCGUGGUUUACACCAUCACAGACUUCAGAAACUACAUCACUGAAGCCCUGCACAAGGAGAACUUCAUGAGCAACACCACUCUGGACGUAUACCCUGACUCACGGCAGCUAGAGCCCGGUAGGCCAACAGACCGGCUAAACUGUAGAUCUAGUACAAUUAAGUGUGUUAGUCCUGUAACUAAAUCUUGUGCAGAGUGGAGCGCUCCAGGAACAGGGUUGGUGACCACUGCUAAAUAAGGCUUUAGUGCUGUGAUUUGUGUGAAAAGGUAAAAGGAUUCUCCAGUUGAUUUGUGUAUGACUGUUUUAUUUUCCAGUUGAUAACUUGUUUCUGGGAGGGAGACCCACCACCAAACCGGAAGAGUCCAAUGACAUGAUGGUGAGUGAGUGUCAGUUCACUGCUACACAUUCUCUUGAGGAACGUAUUGCAUACGUUUAACAGUAUAGUCAACUGAAUAUGUAGUUGAUGACAUUGCAAGUUCACUGUGUGUUGGUUUGUAGGCUACGCUAAAAUGAAUGCAAUGAAAGUCAUUAGUUGCUAAAGUCGCUUUGAAAAAUUGAAGUCAUACCCAGCUGCCUCAGUUCAGUAAAUGUCUGUAAAAAUAGUCAAGUCCAUUUUCCACAAAACUAUUCUCAAGACGCAAGUUAGCAUGCCAUAUUAAGCAAAUAGUUGUGUUCAAGAAAUAUAGAUAGAAAUCUGGUGGAAAUAUGACAAUUUAUUAUGCCGAAUGAUCCGCUUUUCUCACAGACUGCACUGUAAUUACAAAGACACAUUUGACUGGAAACAAACUUAAUAAUCUCAGAAUCUACUCGCUCUGUUUUUUCCCCUCACACUUUGACAACACUGGCACUUUUUUCUCAUCCCUUAUUAAUCUUAUUUACAAUCUUGUUUUGGCUGAAUGCCGUUGUCCAAUUCGUCUUUAGGACCAUGUGUUCUCUCUCAUUCUCUCAGGUAAUGGCAAGCUUCCUAGGGUCUAACACAGGCACAUGGCAGUUACUGGUAGUUAAAGAAAAGCACAUCUGAAGUCCAUUCGUUAUUAAAUGGGUCCACUUUGACCGAACAGAACUUUAUUGUUAUCCUUAGGGCAUAACAGAACGUUUUGUUUAUCCUAUGGUGAAAGACAAUGAAGCGCUGCUCAUUUGGAUGACCUGCUCUACUGAUGUGAACACAACCCAGUUUGACAGUCACAGCCCAUUUUCAUUGUGGAAGAUGAAGUGUGUGUGUGUGUUGCUCUGUCUCUUGUGCAGGAGAUACUAAUAUAGAACGUAUGGUGAGGUUAAAAGGCCUGUGCUGUUGCAUUCAUUCAUAUAGGUCAUAUAUUGCUAGCGAUGUAUAUGUGAAUUUCACUCAGAUUAAGUUUGUUAUGAAGUAUUUUGUGUUUCUGAAUAUUUACUUUGUGAAGCACACAUAUCUAGGGCUACAUCUGUAUCUGCUACAACUCAACCUUGUGAGAGAGAAAAACACAACUAAUCUGCAGCUGCAGCUGGGGAGGCACAGAGGGUCGGCUUUUGUGUCCAAAUGUAUUUUCUGCGUGCCAGUGCAAUUUCUUUCCACUGAAGUUAGUCCGGAUAGAAGAAGGAUGAAUUUCCACUGUAAUUCAUUGAAGAUGUUGAGGAUCAUUGUUUUCCACUUUGACUUCUAUAAGGACUGUUUAAUGAAUGCGUGAUCAUGUCUGUCAUCCUAUGCAUGUGCUUUUUGAUCUGUGCAUGGGAAAAUGUAGGUAUUUCUGCGUUUAUGUAGGCAUGGGUGGUGUAGGUCUAUGUAUGUCUAUUUAGGUCUAUGUAGGUCUAUGUAGGUCUAUGUAGGUCUAUGUAGGUCUAUGUAGGUCUAUGUAGGUCUAUGUAGGUCUAUGUAGGUCUAUGUAAGUCUAUGUAGGUCUAUGUAAGUCUAUGUAGGUCUAUGUAGGUGGGUGUGUGCAUCCUUGGGGCAUGGCCAGCCCAGGUGUGUUUUCCUGUCAAUUCCCGUAUAGAUAGAGGAUUUAGGAUUAUUUUCCCUCUAGCCUUCCUAAUCCACGUAUAUUCUUGGCAUUUUCUCUGUCUGCCGUGUCUGCCAGAAUCCCGUUUGGGCUAAAGCUAGACAACAAUACACGUGGACGUUCAUUUAUGUGUGAGUGACUAGAAUUCUACGUACGUUUCUCUUACGUUAGUAGAAUGUAAGAAUAAUUUCAUUGCACUUUUAUCAGCCUUUGUCCUUUCUUCCUGGUGUGUCAGGACAAUGUUUUGGCUGCAGAGAAACCACCAGAUGCUCCUGGCCAAGACUUGGAUGUCAGCGACAUCUUCCUGAAGAAGGAUGAUUUUCUGUUUCCUGUGGACUCGUUGAAGGGCUCCGGGAGCAUGGUGGCCAGUGAAAAUGAUGUGUUCAUUCUGGAUGAAACCACCUUGCCACCCAGCACUCUCCCUGCAGAGAGUGAGCAGUCCUGUUUCUACCUCCUAAACCACGACACGACAUUCACAUCACCUUGUAUACUGUCAAGCAUACAGUAACACACAACCCAAAUAGAGUUUUGAAACCAUUUAUCCAUUGUUUAUCUCAUGGAUUCUCCUAUAUUCUGUGUUUUCACUCUGUUUCCCUUCCCUGAAGAGAGGGGGAUUCCAGGUUCAGUAAUAAACCAUGUGUUUUUCCUGUUUUUCUAGAUAAUGGAAAUAUUGAAGAAGAGGGAUUUAUUCUCAGCAACACUCAGCAAAGCUCUGAUACUUCCAAUGGGGAUGGUGUGGGUGGUGCUGGAGGCUCCUUUAUCUCCUCCCCUUCACAACCGCAGACCACAGAGGCCCCGGUCCCGGCACCUCCCAGAGUAGAUCCAGAUUUGGAUGCUGGCUCUGGCUCUGGCUUCUCGGGGGAUGACCAAGGGGCUGACGUCUUCCCAUGGUUGCCUGUGACAACUGAGGAGACGGACUACGUGGAGGAGGAAGGGGAGGAGGAGGGUGAUUCUGUGGUGGGGGAGGUGCAUUUACCAGAUCCAGAAGUGGAACCGAAGGAGGAAGAGAAGAAGGAGGAGGAGAAGAAGGAGGAGGAGAAGGGGGAGGAGAUCACCGAAUCUGUCCUGACUGAAUCUCCAGAGGAUAUGAGUCCUUUUGAAUCCCAUCCAGAAUCUGCCCCAGCUGAGGAAGAGCCACAAGGGCCUUUCUUGGACAGACUGCCUGUGACCCAGGACAUUAGUACUCGACCUGACUACACGACCACCGCUGAAGCCCCUGUGUUCUGGACCGCAGAGACCCUGACCGUGGAGCUCUCCAUACAGACACUGGAGGCAUCUGGGAUGUAUGACGAUUAUUACCCAAGUGAACCGUUCACCAUCAUAGCACCAGUCACUGAUGAUCCCUAUCGUCAGUAUUACACCACUGACGCCCGCGUGUUGGAAGGGCCAGCAGCUGAGACCCAUGGUUCUGUUGAAGUGCUGUCAGAGCCAACCAGUCCAAUAGAGGUUGAACUCCCCACAGUCGCAGAGUCACCUACCUUCAUAGACGUGGAGCUGUUCACAGUCAAAGAGUCCAUCUUCGAUAUGAUCACCGCCGAACCACCAGAGAUCGAAGCCUUCACCGACAGACCUUUACUCUUGGUGCCCGAUCCUCAGGAUGAAGGUGGAGAGGUGGAGAUCUUGGAGGAACAGGGGGCGAAGGUCGCAGAGCCCUUGGCCAGACUACUCCCAGCCCUUGACAUCUCAGAGGAGGACCUAGCUGAGGAUGAAAUCCUUGUUGUGGCUGUAGCUACAGCAGCCCCGGAGGUCAUAGAGUCUCAUAGCAUCUUAUCCCCUGAGAAGGAAUCUCCCUUCACUCGUAUAGCCGACUCUGUACCAGAAGAGGAGGAAGCCACACACCAUCCAGCCACCACAGAAAUAGCACCACAUGAUGACAUUGAAGUUGACCAUGAAACAUUUGAAAUCUCUGAGACACCUGAAAUCGCCCCAACGAUCCUACCUCCAUUCUUCCAGCCCACAUUCAGACCCACAGAAAACCUGCUUGAGGCAGCAGAAGAAGAGUCAGAUUUUAGCAUUGAAGAUGUUAGCAUUGAAGAUGGAGAUGUUAGCAUUGAAGAUGGUGAUGUUAGCAUUGAAGAAGGAUAUUUUAGCAUUGACGAUGGAGAUGUUAGCAUUGAAGAUGGAGAUGUUAGCAUGGCGCUAGCACCCACUUCCCCAGAUCACGACACAUAUGACCUAGAAGUCGGCACUUCAAUCCACGCGGUUGAAGACUACGGACCAGACUCCCCCACGCCGGAAACUGACCUCACCUUCAACGUGUACGACGGGUCGAGUCACAUGGACGGGGACAGCAGCGGGUACUCCAGCAUCGCCCAUGGGUCAGACGUGGGCAGCAUCGCCAUGGCGACCAGCCCUGGCAAGGAUCUGAUGGUGUUCUUCAGCCUAAGGGUGACCAACAUGAUGUUCUCUGAGGACCUCUUCAACAAGAGUUCCACAGAGUACAAAGCCCUGGAGCAGAGGUUCCUCGAACUGGUAUAGGAUAAAUGGGGUUAUCUGUGAUAACAUUGGGGUAUGGGGGCCAUAAUUGUAAUAUUGCAAGUUCAGUAUGCAUAGAGUAGGCCUACUCAAGUCCAUUUUACAAUUUUCAUAGCUGUGAAUAUUGUAAUAUGUUACACAUAAUGGAUUCUGUAGUAGGCUUCAAAGAACUUUACAUUUAACUGUUUCCAUUGUUAUUGGAUUUGUCACAAGUCAUACAGUACCUAUGGGAGACAGUAUAUAUUGGUGUUUUGGGAAGCAUAAAGUAACAAUGUCUCUUUCUCGUCUGUAGCUCGUCCCUUACCUGCAGUCCAACCUCAGCAACUUCCAGAACCUGGAGAUCCUGAAUUUCCGUAAUGGCAGCAUCGUGGUGAACAGCAGGGUGAAGUUUGGGAAGCCCGUCCCUCGGGGCGUCACCAACACUGUCUACCUUAUCCUAGAGGACUUUGCUAACUCAGCCUUCCAAACCAUGAACCUCGCCAUAGACAAAUACUCACUGGAUGUGGAAUCAGGUAAACCUCAGCUGCAAACAGAUACUUGAGUCUUGAGUGAUGUUACUCUGCAGUGAAAUGUAUGAAAUCAUGUCAACAAGUACUCAUUGUUGUGAAGCAUUUAUUGACAUUAAUGCCCAUUUGGUGGAGGAUCUUCUAUAGCUGAGGUUUCACAAUUGGAUCUUGAAAGAUGUGUAAGUCGACAACAGAAACAAUGGCACGCUUGGUGUCAACUUAGCCCCUUGCCAAACUGACCUAACCCAAAGUUCUCACAUUAACACAUCAGCAGGAGAUUGCUGUAUUUUCCCAACACGUUGUAACUCAAAGAGCCCACGAAAAUAACAUAAUGAUCUCAAUGUGUCAAUGACUUUGAUACUGUAGCCCCGGGGACGGUUAUCUCAUGUGGUUGACACUUCUGUUUGGGCUAGGGUUGCAAAAUUCUGGGAACUUUCAAUCCAUUUCCUGGUUUUACCGACAUCCCGGUUGGAGGUUUCCUGGAAUCAGGAGGGAAUAAGCAGGAAAUCCGUAAACCUCCAACCAGGAUUUCUGGAAGACCUGGGAAUUUUGCAACCCUCAUCUGUGACCAGCAACAGUACUGUACGGUAUGUGUCAUACUGAGGAUGAGUCACCAUGGUGUUAUUCUUUAAGGCCGGCUGGGUCAUUACAGUAUAAUCUGUGUUGUUGUAAUCUGUCUGAGCCAAUCAUAAUGCUUAAUCAUCAUGUCACACAUUACUGUAAGGUCUCCACAGGGCGUCGGAUUAGAAAAAGACAAAGGUAUUUGUGGGGUUAAGGGUUACGUUUAGAGUUAGAGAGUUAACGUUCGAGUCAGAGUUAGGGCAAGAAUACUUCCCUCCUUUCUAGAAAGGUCCGAUAGUGACAACUAAAGUGGUCUGGGCACGUCAUCAUCAGCCAAUUUACGACUAAAGGCUGAAACAUUCUAACAUAUUUUUUGUGGUGUAUUUAUGUGUUAUUUUAGAAUUAGUGGGUUUUAACCACCAUCACCAGCACAGUCAAACCCCCAUCCCUGAGUCGCCAGGUUCUCAGACGGUAGAACUGAGGUCACACAAAACAAGUUUGUUUAUGUUUUCUUUGUCAUUGCCAGGCAACCAGGCAGACCCCUGCAAGUUCCAAGCAUGUAAUGAGUAUUCGAUGUGCACGGUGAACCGCUGGUCCGGGGAGGCGGAGUGUGUGUGUGACGCGGGUUACUUCAGCGUGGACGGACUGCCGUGCCAGAGUAUCUGUGGCCUGCAGGAGGACUUCUGUCUCAACGAUGGGAAGUGUGAUGUCAUCCCUGGCAAGGGAGCCAUCUGCAGGUGGGUGGGAGUUUAGUUUAGGACACUGACAUGAUGAAUUCACUAUAGGGUUGUGUGUGUGUUUGUGUGUGUGUGUGUGUGUUUGAGAUGCAUAUGGUUCUAAUGCUGUUCUGUGUGGUUCUAGAUGUCGUGUAGGAGAGAAUUGGUGGUACCGCGGGGAACACUGUGAGGAGUUUGUGUCAGAACCUCUGGUGGUGGGCAUCGCCAUAGCGUCAGUGGCUGGCUUCCUAUUGGUGGCCUCUGGGGCAAUCUUCUUCCUGGCCAGGACUCUGAAGGACAGUUAUGACAAGGAGGAUUCAGAGGACCCUCUACGGUAAGCAGCACACUCAUAAACCCAGAGGGAGUAUGAGUAAAUCAAAUUAUUUACCUGCCCUCUUGUAUUUACAGAGAAAUUACAAUGUGCAAUGGACUUUAAGAUAUCACUGCAAUGUUGCUUGUAGAGUGAUGUUAUAUGAUAAUAUCUUGCCUUAGCUUGCCUAAUAACUAGGUAGUAGUACUUAAUUGGGUCAAGAAACAUAGAAAUACUAUACUGGUGUGUAGACAGACAAAAAUUGUAGAUGCUUGUCCUGAAAUGUUUUGGUUAAGUGAAGCUUUGUGCAUUGUUAACGGGGUGCUUGACCCAGAAUCUGUCUGAGAGAAAGAACUAUGUGAGCGUGAUUAGCGUCUCAGACUUCCUUGGCAGCCAUGUUGUUUUUGAUUAACCAAUCAGGACAUAUUUAUUGAGAAGUAUCAAAACAGUGCUGAUUGUGUUUAGAAGCCCCGAGUUGCAGGAUCAACAGUAUGUGUGUGUGUGCGUGCGUGCGUGCGUGUGUGUGCAUGUGUGCAUAUGUGCAUGCAUCCGUGUGUGUGUGUGUGCGUGCGUGAAUGUGUGUGUGAUUGUUUUAUGAAUCAGUGUGUGCCUCGGCAGCUGCCCUGAGUUUAGCCUGCCUGCUUCUAGUGACACAAGGCCUGGUUUCGACAGAUAGACCUUGGGCCGAUGCCCAUGUUAGCACCAUGGGGCCUUCUAGCAGGCCCGCCCUGCAGUCUCCCACUGUUACCAAUAAACAGUCCACAGACUCUUAGAUUGGACUCCUGACCAGUUCAGUGUGUUUCUCAUAUGACUGUUUAGUUCAUAGAACAUGGCAUACUGUAUAAUGUAAAGACUGUAUCUGAUGAAGCUGCAGUGCACAACACUUCCUGUUCAAAGGUUGGAACAUAUGUUACCAAAACGUUUCCAAAAGGGAAAUUACAUUCCUGUUUGUGCCGAUUGUGUUUUAUUUAGUACAGUGCAGAUUGUCAGAUGUUGCUUAUUACAGAUAUGGAGCAGCAGCUGAAAUGAGCUACAGGCAGCGGGGAACUCACAAUGAAACUUCAUCUUUGGUAGGAAUGUGUGUGAGAGAGAGGGCCUUAAAUUGAAUUGAGAGAGGGAUAGAGAGAGAGGGAUAGAGAGAGAGAGAGAGAGAGAGAGAGAGAGAGAGAGAGAGAGAGAGAGAGAGAGAGAGAGAGAGAGAGAGAGAGAGAGAGAGAGAGAGAGAGAGAGAGAGAGAGAGAGAGAGAGAGAGAGAGAGAGAGAGAGAGAGAGAGAGAGAGGAGAGCGAUACAUGUCAUUAUAAGUAAAGCUCAGGACAGUGCAACAGAAUAACAGAAUGUGUCUGUGUGUUGCAUGCCAACGUAGGUUGAUAUCAGGUUGGUAUCCUGUUUAGAGUGGACAGGACACAAUGUCACUUCCCACCCACUGGCAUAGGUCAUCACUUAUCGUGCCAACCCCACACGACCGUGGGUGUGUUUGUACGUGUCACUCACUUGGCCGCACCGCACGUAUAGGCUGAAAUGUUGUUGUUAUUGUUCAUCAUUAUUACCGGUAAGUAGAUAGAACGCAUCUUUCUCAGUGGUGUGACAUCAGGCCCAUUUCUAUCGCACCAGAGAAAAUGUUCCUGCUUCCAUCGUUUUCAACAAACAACUUAAUAAUUCUGCUCCUCCCUGUUUUACAGGGAUCGGGACAGUGUGCCAUCCUUAGAGAGAGCCACCAAGUUCAACCCCAUGUAUGAGAGUGAUGUGGCCACCGCAGAGUACUACAGACGGUACGAAGACGACGUCCCGCACCACAGUACGGGCAGCGCAGACACCUCUGUGGACGUCUGCAGUGACGAGAUACUCCACAUCUACGACAACUCCGAGCUCACCAGAGAGGUACGUAGAGGCUGUCUGAGUGGUUGA